AUGGAGUACAUGAAAAUGCUGGUCAGUGGUGGUUUGAAGACUUUGCCAGAUACUGGAGAUGUUAUCACAGAAACAGGAGUUGAUAUUAAGAAUCCAGUGCGCCUAUCAAGAAUUGUUGGCCCGCAGGACGUGCGCAAAUCCUGUGAACAGCUCUUCCGCUCCAGCAGCCUGGCGAAGAAUGUGCCACUCUCCCUCGUCCACCGGAAGCUUAGAGACUAUUGGGAUCAUGAAAUGGAUUAUCUAGAAGUGCUGGUAAAUGGUGGUUUGAAGACCUUGCCAGAUGCUGGAGGUCCUCCUACACGGACGAACCAAAACAUAGAAGACGAGAAAUCCCUGGAGGCAUCCCGACUUCUGGACAAGAUGUUGAGUGAUCUGGAGACACGCCGUGAGAUGAAGAAAAUGGCUUUGCUGAAGGCAGUGUUUCCCGAAGGAAACAGUGGCACGUGGGCAGCCUCUGCAGAAGGAAGGGAGGCCAUGCCAGGCACAGUCCCAGGAGAUGAGGGUGCUGAGACAGCUUCUCCAGCAGCUGGGAUGGAAGAUGGUUUGGAACCAUUAGGAGGUUCUGCAGGUGUGUCUGCAGAGAGGACUUUUCCAGCUACUUUCCUGACUCCUGAACGCAAGCUCGGCUCCCAUCGCAGGGGUCCUCCUAGAGGGAGGAACAAACCUACAGAAGAUAUCAAGUCCCUGGAGACAUCGAAACACAUGGAUGUGAUGCUGAGUGAUCUGGACAGACGCCGUGGUGGGUGCAUUUCUCUCAGCAGCUGGGGCCUUUCUCUGCACAUCUGGACACGCUGUGCCUGGCACAGAGAGAAGGGAUCCAUGGCAGCCUGGCUGCCCCACUGCUGCUUUCACGGCCUGCAGGGCUGUUUCCCCAGCCUGGCCUGGCUGCAGCUUCUCCCCAGCCUCUGCAGGAAGGCAUUUGGCAUCAGUGGACAGGGAGCCCAAACUGCACCUUGGCCAUGCACACUCUGAGAUCCCCUGCAAUUU